UGCGCAGUGGCGUCGUGGAGCGUUGUGUUAGUGGUUGAACUGUAAACUUCAUAUUCUGCCACCAGCUGAAAACGGGCAUCUGCUUUGGAUUUAUUAUCUUGGUCUUUUGACGCUUAUAGCAAGUUUUAAACAUGUCCUCUGUGCAUGCACCGCCUGUGCUGCUUCCAGUCGCCGACAAUGCUGUCAAGGGCAAAACUACAACGGCUGGGUCGCGAAGAGCUGCUCUCGGAGAGAUUACAAACCGCCCUGCAACCGUCGUUGUCACCAAGGUUGGACGAAACAAGGCCUGUGGCGCUCAGAAAGCCAAAGUUCAGCCAAUGGCCCCACUCAAGGUUCAAGCCCCGACAGUUCCACUUCCAGAGAUAUCAGCUGAUGUGUCAAUGAAGGAGGAAGAGGAGCAAGAACUGUGCCAGGCUUUCUCCAACGCAAUGCUCCCAGUGCAUGAUGUUGAUGAAGAGGAUGGUGACAUGCCUCACCUCUGCUCAGAAUAUGUGAAAGACAUCUACGGAUAUCUGCGCCAGCUGGAGGUGCAGCAGGCUGUUCGUGCAAAUUACAUGGAAGGUUACGAAAUUACACAUCACAUGCGAGCGCUUCUCAUCGACUGGAUGGUCCAAGUUAGUUCCAGGUUCCAGCUGCUGCAGGAGACCUUGUAUCUCUCAGUCGCGGUCCUUGAUCGUUUUCUCCAGAAUUCGUGCUGUGUCCGGACGGACAUGUCGCUGGGUCCGGACAUGGACCGCGGUCCGCCUGUUGAGGAUCACUGGUGUAUACUAAAGGUCCAGCCUGUUUCUCGUAGAAAGCUGCAGCUUGUCGGUGUGACUGCAAUGCUGGUGGCCUGCAAGUAUGAGGAAAUGUACGCUCCAGAGGUGGGAGACUUUGCCUACAUCACAGACAACGCAUUCACUAAGGCUCAGAUUUUGGAAAUGGAGAAACAGGUCCUGAAGACGCUCAACUUUCAGUUGGGGCGUCCUCUUCCUCUUCACUUCCUCAGGAGAGCUUCAAAAGUGUCGAAUGCAGACACGGCAAGACACACACUGGCCAAGUAUCUGAUGGAGUUGACUCUUAUUGACUACGACAUGGUGCACUAUCAUCCCUCAGAGAUUGCUGCUGCGUCUCUGUGCCUUGCUCAGCUGCUCCUCAAUGGUCUGCAUUGGUCAACCACACAGCAACACUACUCCACAUAUGACGAGGCCCACCUGAAGCCCAUCAUGCAGCACAUCGCCAAAAAUGUUGACAUCGUGAACGAGGGGAAAACCAAGUUUCAAGCAGUUAAGAACAAGUACUCCAGCAAUAAACUGAUGAAGAUAAGUCUGAUUCCUCAGCUCAAGUCUUCAAUAAUCAGCAACAUGGCAGCUGCUCUCUGUGCUCCUUGACUUCUUGGCUGCUAUUUACUGUCACUUGCACUUUAUUUUAAAUCCCUGUUUCUUUUUAAUAAAUGCUUUUAUGAAUCUUA